CCUGCAUAAGAGCCGGCGACCGAGCAGCUGCGCGUGUCUGGGUUGGCAGUAUGAGGGCUCGGCUGGGGGUCUCACAUCUGAAGCUUGGUGUGCUGGUCUGCUGUUUCCAUGUUCUCAGCUCAGAUGCCUGUGGUAUCCCCACAGCCAGCAGUCGGAUUGUGGGGGGCACAGCUGCUGCGGAUGGGGCCUGGCCAUGGCAGGUGAGCCUCCAUCGAAAUGGUCACCACAUCUGCGGGGGAUCGCUCAUCAACGAGCAGUGGGUGCUGUGCGCCGCGCACUGUGUCGUGGGCUACAGCAGCUCCAUAUUUACAGUCUACUUGGGUCUCUACACCACGGACCAGCCGAGCUCUCACACGGUGGUGGGCAACGUGAGGAACAUCAUCGUGUACCCUGGAUACUCGUCACCCUCCUUGGGAAAGGAUGCCUCCCUUCUGCAGCUGGACCGGCGAGUCAGCUACAGUGCCUUCAUCCAUCCCAUAUGUCUGCCCAACGCCAGUGAUGUCUUCACGUCCCAAAACAGCUGCUGGGUGACAGGCUGGGGCUACGUCAAGGAAGGAGUUGCACUCCCAAGCCCUGGCACUCUGCAACAAGUCCAAGUCCCGAUCAUCAACCCCGCCACCUGUGCCAUCUUAUACAGCAGUAACAAGAUCACCAUACUCAGCGACAUGAUAUGUGCCGGCGACUUGAAGGGUGGGAAGGACUCCUGCCAGGGCGACUCUGGGGGCCCGCUGGUCUGCAAGAGAAGUGACGGCUCCUGGGUGCAGGCGGGCAUAGUCAGCUGGGGAGUGGGCUGCGCCGAGGCCUACAAGCCGGGGGUGUACUCACGCGUCACCUCCUUCGUCACAUGGAUCGAAGCCAACAGCAAUGUGACGUCCAGCUCGGGCAUCGGCCUGCAGACAUUUUCACAGGACCUGAUAGCAAACGUCUCUUAUUUCUUAGACUUGAAGGCUGGCACUGGCCACUGGGAGGUCACCCUGUGUGUGCUGAUGUGUCUUUGUCUGACCGGACUGGCCCGGACCUCAACGGGACGCGUUCCUCAGGUGGCACAACUGGAGAAGGAGGCGCAGGUGCAGCACUUAAAGAGCCCUUCGAUCGGACGCGACUCCCGGCUGCUGAGGCCCAUCAACUUGAACCCUGGGCUUGGGUCAGCUCACACAGAGCUGGUGUUACAGGGUGGCACACGAGUGGUGUGUGAGCCCAGAAUCCGCACUCUCCCCAGCAAUGAUGCCCUUCAUAUGCUUAUCAUGCGCGGCCACGGCGAGGCCAUUGACAGUGUGCUCAGCUUCCAGUGCGUGCGCGUCCACGGUGCCGUGCCCAUGGAUGCCUGUGGCACCCAGUCGGUCCGCUCCAGGAUUGUAGGGGGCACAGCAGCUGUGGAAGGGGCUUGGCCGUGGCAGGUGAGCCUUUGGAGGAAUGGACAGCACAUCUGCGGGGGGUCCCUGAUUAAUCAGCAGUGGGUGCUGACCGCUGCACACUGCGUUGUGGGUUACAACAAAGGGAACUUUCAAGUCUACUUGGGAAUCCACCAGCUCGCCAUGCCCAGCGCUCACAUGGAGGUCCGCAGUCUGAAGGAGAUCGUUAUCUACCCUGGCUUCUUUGAUGCCAAGUUUGGAAAAGACGUCUCCGUUGUGCAGCUCAACAAGCCCGUCACCUACAGCAGAUUCAUCCAACCCGUAUGUCUCCACAAUAAGAGCAGCAAGUUCGUCUUCCAAAACAUCUGCUGGGUGACGGGUUGGGGCUCCAUUUGGGAAGAAGUAAUCCUUCCAAGUCCUGGCACUCUGCAGCAAGUUCAAGUCGAGAUCAUCCCCAGCUCGGUGUGUAACUUCUUCUAUUUAAACUUUACUGGCACCAGAAUCUUAAGCGACAUGAUGUGCGCUGGCUACCUCUUGGGAUCGAAGGACGCCUGCAGGGGUGACUCUGGAGGUCCCCUCAUCUGCAGCACAGUCAAUGGCUCCUGGGUCCAGCUGCGGACGACCAGAGACGGCAUGGGGGCUGCGCUGGAGAUCGCGAUCCUGCUGCUCGGUCAGCUGCUUUGCUGCAUACAAGUCCAGAACUCAGGUGCUUAUGGUUUCCCCCUAGCCAGCAAUCGGAUUGCAGGGGGCACUGCAGCUGAAGAUGGGGCUUGGCCGUGGCAAGUGGGCAUUUUUCUAAGUGGAACUUUCAACUGCGGUGGAUCCCUGAUCAACGAGGAGUGGGUGCUUUGUGCGGCACAUUGCGUAAAGGAUGUCCCUGCCUCCAAGUUUAAAGUCUACUUGGGUCUUUACAACCUCACCCAGCCCAGCUCUCACACUGUGGUCUGCAAUGUCAAGAAGAUUGUAAUGUACCCCGGCUUUCAGACCCCAGAAACUGGACGGGAUGUCACCCUUCUGCACUUGGACCAGCAGGUGACGUACACCAGCUUCAUCCGUCCCAUCUCUCUUCCCAAUGUCAGUGAUGUCUUCACAGCUCAAGAUGACUGCUGGGUGACCGGCUGGGGCUCCAUCAAGUUUGGAGUGAGUCUUCCAAAACCUGGGACUCUGCAACAAGUACAACUGCCGAUCAUCAACAACAUGGUGUGCAACUCUACCUAUAACAAGGUUGGCCGCCAGAUCAGCAGUGACGUGAUAUGUGCUGGGUACUUGGAGGGCGGGAAGGACUCCUGCCAGGGAGAUUCCGGAGGCCCCUUGGUGUGCAGAAGAGCUGACAGCUCCUGGGUGCAGGCUGGUAUUGUGAGCUGGGGGGUGGGAUGUGCCCAAGUCAACACGCCGGGGGUCUAUACCCGGGUCACCGACUACGUAAACUGGAUAACGGGGAACAGCAACGUUACGUCCAAAGUAGCAUCCACCGUGGUACCCGCUACUAAUACGACCAAUGUGUCUGUCAACAUCGUUGUGACAGCAGGAGCCUUCCAGUGGACGACUGCUCUUUCCAUCCUGUUACCUUUCUUGCUGAGCAGACUCUGGGGCUUUGGGAUGAUGGUGACAGCUUUAAAACUCGGACGAUUUCGACUUGUCACGUUCAGAUCGGCGCAGUCGUGUAGACGCCCAGGGCUUCGCGAGCCACGCCCGAGUGUCAUCGGUAAAGGGAAGCGCGGCAGAGACGACCGCAUAGUCACCAUGCGAGCUGUGCUGAGUGGGUCACCGCUGCUGCUGCUCGGUCAGCUGCUUUUCUGCAGACUUGCCCAGAGCGCAGAUAGGUGUGGCACCCCCAUAGCCACCAGCCGGAUUGUGGGGGGCACUGCAGCUCUGGAUGGGGCCUGGCCGUGGCAGGUGAGCCUUCGCUUGAGUGGACAGCACAUCUGUGGGGGAUCCCUGAUCAACGAUCAGUGGGUGCUGUGUGCCGCACACUGCGUGGUGGAUAACAGCGCCUCCUUAUUGACUGUCUACCUGGGUCUCUACAACGUCAGCCAGCCCAGCAGUUACACCGUGAUCCGCAAGGUGAAGAAAGUCAUCGUGUACCCCGGCUACACAUCUUCAACGACUGGAAAGGACGCUUCCCUGCUACAGUUGGACCAGCCGGUUACCUUCAAUGAAUUCAUCCUCCCCAUUUGUCUCCCCAACGCCAGCAUCAUCGUCACUUCCCAGAACAACUGCUGGGUGACUGGCUGGGGUAACAUCAAGGAGGGAGUUUCUCUGCCAUAUCCCGGCACUCUGCAGCAAGUUCAGGUCCCAAUCAUCAACAACACUGCAUGUAAUUCAAUGUACAAGAGCAUCGGGAUGACAAUCACCAGUGACAUGAUAUGUGCCGGCUACGCCCAGGGUGGGAAGGACUCCUGCCAGGGCGAUUCUGGGGGUCCACUGGUCUGCAAAAGAUCUGACGGCUCCUGGAUCCAGGCCGGCAUAGUCAGCUGGGGAAAGGGAUGUGCCGAGGCCACCAAGCCGGGGGUGUACACACGCGUCACAUCCUAUGUCACAUGGAUCGAAGAAAACACCAAUCAGACGGCAAGUGCAAGCACGAGCCUGCUGGUUGGAUCCCAGAGCCUUCCGACUGAAUCCCAGAGCCUUCAAGGCAACUCCACCUUUGCUAUGAACUUGAAAAAUGGGGCAGUCUGCUUGGAAGUCACCAUCUUCACCCUGGCACCUCUUUUGUUGAUGAGACUGCUGUGGUGAAGAAAAAGCAGACCCCUGGUGCUGCAGUCCACUGUAAUGUUGAUUUCCCACAUUUCAGGAAUCAAAAGUUUGUUGGAAUGUUUCUGUAAGGAACCUAUGAUUGUAACAUUUUACAAAUGAUUAGGGUCCAAAUCCUGAUCACAUUGAAAAAAGGGUUUAUAGUGCCCCCCCAUGGGGGGGAAAUGUGUAAAAUUAUUAUAUUUUCUAAAAGGUUUAUAGUGCCCCCCCAUGGGGGGAAAAUGUGUAAAAUUAUUAUAUUUUCUAAGUCAGUAGGCUCAGCCUUUUAUUUUUUUCUAAUUUACAAGGCUGGCUUGAAGCGAUUUGCACAGAAAGGUCAGGGCUAAACGCCCGCUAAUUGAGAUCACCCCCAAGGAACAGUAAGGUCAGCUUGUUAAAACACGUGUGCUGUGGCAGGCAUGCGAUUAGCAUCCAAAUGGAAAGAGCGCCCUCCAAAAGCCAUGGCCCUUCUCAGACGUAGUUAAGCAAGCAUUUGUAAGACGACAUGCAUCAUCCACCACUGGAGAAGAGUUUUCCACCUCCGUCAAUCGGCCCUUAGCUUACUGACUUUCCUGUGGAAGAACUGUUUCAAACUCCUGCAGGAGAAUUUCAAAUGUAGGCCAAUUGUAACACCAGCUGGCCUGGUAGCUCAUGAAAUGAUUUGACCUUUUUGGUCACUAUUGGUGCUUCUCACAGACUACACCAUCUCUUUUUUUUUUUUUUGUAUCCAUCUAUUCUCAUGUUGAACUGAUUACUGAAACAAUAAAAAUGUAUGAAGCUGCUGUCAUCUUUUGAAUUUAGGUGUUCAUGAAUCAAAUAAAUAAACCACUUCAAAAU